AUGAUACACGAUGCGUUAGAGAAAUUUGCAUUCAACUUCAAAUGCAAAGCUGUUGGAGCAGGUGACACGUCAGCCACAGAAGAAGGACGUCGAGAUUUCCCAGAGGAUUGUGAAUAUGGGCAAAAACAGAUAUCCUCGACAUGUUGCCCUGUCAAUGAUUUCCAGAGAGUGUGUCUGAGGCUGACAGGUCAACCAGGCUCAGACUACAUCAAUGGCAGUUGGAUCAAUGGCUACAGGCAGUCCAAUGCCUUCAUGGUGACCCAGGCUCCGCUGGAUAACACAGUGAAUGACCUGUGGAGGAUGGUGUGGGAGUCUGGCAGCAAGACCAUUGUGAUGCUAAACGACCUACAAGAUGACAUGGCUCAAUACUGGCCAGAGCCACAGAAGAAACAGGUGUACGGCAGUCUCACAGUUAGCAGCAAGACAGAGGAUGGGGUAGACGAUACUGUCUGCACCAGAGCAUUCGAAAUCUACCGCAACGGUUCAGUAGCAUCUCCCCUGCAGGAAGUGAGAACGGUGACUCAGUUCCACUUGCGAGGCUGGCCUCGGGAUGGCCUCCCCUCCCAGUCCAGCCUCCUCCUGGACCUGGUGGACAGAGUUCUCAAGAAACAGAGGUCCACUGGGAACAAACCUGUCACUGUCAUGUGCUCGUAA